CGUAAGACGUGCUUUAAAUAUCUCAGCACAAUUAUGUAAACCACUAUUGGAAUUUAAAGUUGUUAAUGUUUAUAACUUGAAGUUUAUGUAUAGUGAAAUAAAACAGUUACUUACUACGGUUUGGAUAAAUCACUAAAAACAGAAGUGAAACGUGCUGUCUAGUUGAUAAUUUUCGCAUUUGAUUUCUUCUUUUAUAAACAAAGUGUGUUCAUUCGUUUUCAUGUGAAUAAUCACGGACUUAAUUGGUUCUUCAAAAUGAGUUAUUUGAGCCAAAACACUUCAUAUCGCCGAUCGUCUUCACGGGAUAGUUCGCAUGAAACAGUCGUUUUGGAGGAAGACAAAGGCUCACAAGGCAGCAAAGAAUAUAAGAGGCGUUGUUGUACACGUAUCUCCAGCGUCGUAAACGUGACGUUGUUGAUUGGCCUAUGCGUCCCAAAAACGUUUGCGUCAACCGACAGACACAGUGAAAUAACUCAACGCGAUUCGACAGGAGAUAUCAUGAAACAGUGCAAAUUGACCAUUAAUGCCACUGUCGGAGCAUUACAACGUUCUGAAGGACCUGAUUGCUCGAGAACUAAAGGCCAUAAAGGUUAUCGCAACUGUGCCGAUAAUCCUAGCUGGGCUUGCAUCGGCCAGUGUAUGGAUUGCUACGGCAACGGCACGUGUCUGGACUACAAUAGCAUGACUCAGCAUCUGGGCAAUCAAUCGCCUUGCACAACAGAAGCAGAAAAAAUCAUGUGUUGCACGUUGCUGCAUAUGCGUCCGGAUGAUCAGUGUCGCAACGGCGGGAAAUUAUUUUGCGAAGGUGGCGAAGGUGAUACGUACGCACCGAAAUGCACGUGUUUGGUGGGAUGGACCGGAGAGACUUGUAAGGAUCGAAUGAAUGAGACUUGUACACGUAUCUCCAGCGUCGUAAACGUGACGUUGUUGAUUGUCCUAUGCGUCCAAAAAACUUUGGCGUCAACCGACAGACACAGUGAAAUAACUCAACGCGAUUCGACAGGAGAUAUCAAAUACUGCAUCAACGUUAAAGGAAGUCCGUGUAAAGGAUUUGACUGCAGGCAGUGCAAAUUGACCAUUAAUGCCACUGUUGGAGCAUUACAACGUUCUGAAGGAUCUGAUUGCUCGACACGUAAAGGCCAUAUACUAGGUUAUCGCAACUGUGCCGAUAAUCCUAGCUGGGAUUGCAUCGGCCAGUGUAUGGAUUGCUACGGCAACGGCACGUGUCUGGACUACAAUAGCAUGACUCAGCAUCUGGGCAAUCAAUCGCCUUGCACAAUAUAUGCAGAAAAAAUCAUGUGUUGCACGUUGCUGCAUAUGCUUCCGGAUGAUCACUGUCGCAACGGCGGGAAAUUAUUUUGCGAAGGUGGCGAAGGUGAUACGUACGCACCGAAAUGCACGUGUCCGGUGGGAUGGACCGGAAAGACUUGUGAGACUCGAAUGAAUGAGACUUGUACAUGUAUCUCCAGCGUCGUAAACGUGACGUUGUUGAUUGUCCUAUGCGUCCAAAAUACUUUGGCGUCAACCGACGGACACAGUGAAAUAACUCAACGCGAUUCGACAGGAGAUAUCAAAUACUGCAUCGACGUUAAAGGAAGUCCGUGUAAAGGAUUUGACUGCAGGCAGUGCAAAUUGACCAUUAAUGCCACUGUCGGAGCAUUACAACGUUCUGAAGGACCUGAUUGCUCGAGAACUAAAGGCCAUAAAGGUUAUCGCAACUGUGCCGAUAAUCCUAGCUGGGAUUGCAUCGGCCAGUGUAUGGAUUGCUACGGCAACGGCACGUGUCUGGACUACAAUAGCAUGACUCAGCAUCUGGGCAAUCAAUCGCCUUGCACAACAGAAGCAGAAAAAAUCAUGUGUUGCACGUUGCUGCAUAUGCUUCCGGAUGAUCACUGUCGCAACGGCGGGAAAUUAUUUUGCGAAGGUGAUACGUACGCAACGAACUGCACGUGUCCGGUGGGAUGGACCGGAGAGACUUGUGAGACUCGAAUGAAUGAGACUGUGACCUGUAAAUGCUUCAAGACCGACAUCCCGUGGACCUCUUUCUGUGGGGAAAAUGAUAUGUACAACUGUACCGACGACGGCAGGCCGGAAAACUGGACAGAGUGCCGACAAACCAUUGAGGGGGUGACGUUCAGUCGAUGUGCUUGUGAAAAGUCUGAAGGUGAUACAUUCGUCCCUGUGACCCCUGGAGAGAAGGCCACCUUGACCUGUCGCUAUGGCAGCAACUCCACCUGGUAUCAUGAUAGAAAACUUGUGGUGUCAGAUAAUACUCGCCGUGUCAACCGUGACGGCACUCUGGAAGUGCUCAAGGCCACCAUUGACGAUGAUGAAAUGUAUGAAUGCCAUGUUGCCAGGGCAACCGGACUGCAGAUCUACAGGUUCCUGCUGCAAGUGCAAGUACCCAUUGGAAUCCUGCCAGGCCGAGACACAAUCAUGGCGAAACCAAGCAGCAAAGCGUUCUUGCAUUGCGAGGUAUACGGAAAUCCCAAACCAAGCGUCUCGUGGACCAAGAAUGGUUCCCCUCUGCGAUCGAGCAGCCGCUAUGAGACAUUCAGCAAUGGCACACUUCUGAUACAAAGUGUCACUCCUGGAGACGCGGAUAGUUACACGUGCCGCGCAGACAAUGGGGUAUCUACCCCAGUUGACAGAACCAUUAAACUUUUACUGAGAGUAAUGCUUGUGGCCAGAAUCGAGAAUCGGAAUGGAAGGGUGAUGGAGGGAGGUCGAAUCCGCCUGUCCUGCGAGGGCAAAGGUUACCCUAAGCCAGCCAUCACCUGGGAGAAGGCUGGACGAGCCCUUGUUUCUGGUGGCAAUGUGUUAAUCAGAGGUAAUGGUGGUUUGAAAAUACGAGAUGCAACUUCUAGUGAUACAGGAACAUACACCUGCAUCGUUUCCAAUACAGAUGUGAAGAUUGAGGCAUCAACAUCAGUACAAGUUGUACCUAAGAAUGUGAUGACAAGAACAGUCUGAUGAAGUGUCGUCUGAUCGUCUCAGCUAAUCUCUGCAACUACACCAUGUACACCGAAAUCUGCUGCAACAGCUGUCAAAGAUUCUUCAAUGGGUAAUAGAGACAACAUGUAUUCUUGUGAAACCAAAACAAAUGAAAUAUUGUGUAUUCAUAAUUAUGUGAAGUUAUAUUUUUAAACUUGUAUUACAUAACUUUUGACUUUCUUGUAAAUGACAAUAUGAAAUCAGUUUGAGUGUUUUAUCUUUCGGUUGCAUCCAAGCAUCUCUUUCGGUUUGAAAUGAGAUGCAAGUUUUUAUGUUUGUACUAUGCACUAGCAGUUACAGAAAACUGGUUUUGCGUAAAAAUGGGAAUUUUGUGCUCAAUAUUCGACCUAUGUGCUGAAAUGUAUGCUAAGUUUCAUACAUUAUGUAAUAACCUUUUAUUAAUUAUUGUAUUUAAAAACAAAAACAAAAGAAACGCUUGUGAUGACCAAUUUUUUAACAAGCCUGUUGCAUAAACUUUAUUAAGAAGGACAAUUACAUGUUUUGACAGAAUUGUUUGAUAAAGCUGAUGGUGUAAAUUGGAAGUAUUUUGCAUUGCACUGUUUAUUGAAAGAUUCUUUUAUUCUUCAAGGUCAGUAUGCUUUUGUUAUAUCUAGCCACUGUUGGAACACUCCACACCUCGUUUUGAGAUUUUGCUGCGCUUGUUUUGAAUAAUUCACAACGUACGUCGGAAUCAUUAAUGAUUUUUCACAUACAAUUUGAAUUAAAGGUUACCUUUUUAA